AUAUAAAGCAGGAGCAUCCUCGACGAUGUCAAACGACAUUGAACCACUGUUGCUGACGUUCACCCUUAUCUCUCGUUGAAAUCAUGUGGCUCUUCAAGUACCUGUUCCUUCUCGUGCUAAACAAGAUCGUCGUUAACGAAGCAGUGCACCUGAAGAUCUACGUGCCGGACGUGGUGAACCAUCACUUCCAUACGAAGACGGUUCUGUUGCACGUUCACAAGCCAGCCCCGAAGAAGCCGAAACACCAUAAGAAGCACGAGUACCACGCGAAUUGGAGUUCCUGGAAGAGCUAUGGGAACGAUCAUACCUUUAAGGACCAUCAGGAGUUCCCUGAAGAGCUGGAGGAACCGAAACACGAAGUUGUCACGAAGAAGCCUAAGGAUCAGAAAGAUAGACAAAAGUAUCUUCCAGUUUAUGGAUAUCAUAAAGAUUCCUAUUUCCCACCGUCUUAUAUGGAGGACAAUGAUCUCGAAGAAAAGGGUCGUCAACGUGGCAAGGGGCCCUCUUACGCGGUACACGAAGAGGUGAAUGAUAUUCCUCCAAACACUGAAAGUUUCUCUUAUAAUUACGAGGAGGGAUACAGAAAGGGGUUGCAAGAGGAGGCUGGGCAUAUUCGUGCGGACCAGAUGAGCAAGUUUCACGAGGACCACCAGGAAGAGCAGGACGAUAGCGAGAACGAGGGGUCCAGGGACGAAUACGAAGGAAAAACCGACGCUGGUCGAUAUUUCGUGGAUGAUGUCGAAUACGAAAAUACCAGGGACAAACGCGACGGUAGAGCUGGUCGUUUUCGAAGGAUUAUUAAAAUUUAG